AUGUGUGAUGAAUUUGUUAGGAAAGCUUACUCUGAGCGCUCUUUGCUAGAAGAAUUGGCUUCACCUACUAAUUCAGUGGAAGAUGGCAUUCAGGCAGUGACAGAGUACCCGGUGCGAGCACUCCUCAGGGAGAGCGGUGCGAGCCCGCCUAGGGGCAAGCGGUCGAAUCCGCCCGACCCCGCCGGCAGAGGGCGCCGCACCCCCAACCAGCACCGCCCGCCAAGGUGCCUUCAAACCCCUCCCCCUCCGCCUCGCACCCAAUGGUACGCGACCUCCCGUCCGGGUGGUCCCGCCCCCAUCUCGCGAGAGCCCAGUGGGCCGCCAGGCACGUUUCGGCGUUUUCCUCAAGCCCUGCUCAAUUAUUACUGCCAAGAAGGCUACUUCCACCACGUCCGGGCUGCGGCGGAUGCGGCGCUGGGGCGGCUGGGCAGCGAUCCGGUGUUCCUUUUCUACCGGGCCUACGGCGCCCUGAGGGCAGGUGAUGUCCAAGAGAGUAUUCGACAGUUGGAGUCUAUUAAAAACAAACAGGAGGUGUCACUUUGUACAAUGAUGGCUCUGAUUUAUGCCCAUAAGAAGAGCCCUAAUCCAGAUCGAGAUGCUAUUCUAGAGUUGGAUGCAAAAAUGAAGGAGCAACGUAAAACAGCAGGACACCAGGCUCUGUACUUCGCUGGGUUAUUUUUGUGGCAUCUUGGUCGUGAGGACAAAGCCCGUGAAUAUGUUGAUAGAAUGAUCAAAGUUUCUGGUGGUGGUAAAGAGGGGUUGAUUUUGAAAGCAUGGCUUGAUCUCACCUGUGGGAAAGAAACUCACAUUAAAAAAGCUGUGAAAUACUUUGAUGAAGCACUGCAGGAAGGCAAUGAUGUUUUUGCUCUGCUUGGUAAAGCACAGUAUUUUGAGGUCCGACAGAAUUAUUCAGGAGCUCUGGAAACGGUGAACCAGAUAAUUGCAAACCAACUAGCCUUGCAGGACUGGGAGCAGGCAGUUGAAACGGCACAAAGACUAUUGCAGAAAGAUGCCCUCAAUUUAGAAGCCAUAAGAAUGGAGGCCCUGCAUUAUCUGUGCAGGGAAGGAAAUAUAUCUGAGGCUUCAGCAAGACUGGGAGACCUAACUAAAGCACUGGACAGGUUAGAACCACGUAAUUCGCAGCUCUUCUGUAAAAUGGCUUUAGCUUUCAGUAGAACAUGUGGCCGGAACCAACUCAUCCUUCAACAUACACAAACCUUAGUUGAAAGAGCAUCUGAUUUGGCAUCCGACAAUGCAGAAUUUGCUACUGAACUUGGCUACCAAAUGAUUUUACAAGGGAAAGUGAAAGAAGCUUUAAAAUGGUACAAGACUGCUAUGACACUUGAUGAAACAAGUGUUUCUGCACUAACUGGAAUUAUCCGUUGUCAGCUAAUACAAGGGCAAUUAGAAGAUGCAGAGCAGCAGUUGGAGUUUCUCAAUGAAAUUCAACAGUCCAUUGGGAAAUCUGGGGAAUUAUCUUUCUUGCGUGCAGUCCUAGCUAUGAAAAAACAUAAGAGACAAGAAGAGGUUAUUGCCUUAUUGAAUGAUGUUCUGGAUACUCACUUUUCAUCUUUGCAUGGUUUUCCUCUUGGUGUGGAAUAUUUUGAAAAACUAAACCCUGAUUUCUUGCUAGAAAUCAUUAGGGAAUAUCUUAAUUUUUGCCCAGCACAGCCUGCAAGUCCUGGACAGUCUCCUUCACCACUUCUCAAGCACUGUGCUUCUGUUCUUGAAACUGUGGUAAAAACUGUGCCUGGUCUUCAACAAGCAGUCUUUUUAAUUGCAAAAGUGAAAUACUUGUCAGGGGAUAUUGAAGCAGCACAUAGUAAUCUACAUUACUGUCUUGAAAGGAAUCCUUCUUACGCAGAGGCACACUUACUGAUGGCCCAGGUGUAUUUGGCUCAAAACAAUACUAAACUGUGUUCUCAAUCCUUGGAACUUUGUCUGAGCUACAAUUUUGAGGUGAGAGAACAUCCUGUUUAUCACUUAAUUAAGGCCCAAACCCAGAAAAAGAUGGGAGAAUUAUCAGAAGCUAUUAAGACCUUACAGAUGGCAAAGAAUUUGCCUGGAAUGAGAAAACCUACACCUUCCUCAAAAACUAAAGGAAAAAGAAUUGAAAUUGAUGCAAGUGAUCGUGUGUCUGUCUUCCUAGAGUUAGUAGAAGCUCAUCGUUUGAAUGGAGAACCGCAUGAAGCUGCUAUCGUACUGCAAGACGCCAUUAAUGAAUUUUCUGGAACUCCUGAGGAACUAAGAGUUGUGAUUGCAAAUGCAGAUCUGGCAAUUGCUCAAGGAGAUGUUGAACAAGCCUUGACUAUGCUCCGAAAUAUUACACCUGAACAGCCUUACUUUGUACAAGCUAAAGAAAAAAUGGCAGAUAUUUAUCUUCAGUACAGGAAAGAUAAGAAAUUAUAUGCUGGCUGCUAUAGAGACCUAGUAGAAAAACUGCCAAGUGCUCAUACUUUCCUUCUUCUUGGUGAUGCGUACAUGAAUAUUCAAGAGCCUGAUGAAGCCAUAGAAGUCUACGAGCAGGCCUUGAAGAAAAAUCCAAAAGAUCCAGCUUUAGCAAGUAAAAUUGGAAAAGCCCUGAUCAAAAUGCAUAACUAUUCAAAGGCAAUCAGUUACUAUGAGGCUGCAUUGAGAAGUGGUCAACAGAAUUUCCUUUGCUAUGAUUUGGCUGAGCUUUUAAUGAAACUGAAGCAGUAUGAAAAGGCAGAAAAAGUACUUCAGCAAGCUUUAGAUCAUGAGCCUGGUAAUGAAUUGUCUUCUCUGAUGGAAGAUGGACGUUACCAGGUGCUUCUGGCAAAAACUUACAGCAAAAUGGAGAAGAUUGAUGAAGCUAUUGUUUCAUUACAACAGGCUCGGGAAUUACAAGCCAGAGUGCUUAAACGGACUCAAAUAGAACAGCUGGAUGCAGUUCCUGCACAGAAGCAGUUAGCGGCCGAAAUUUGUGCUGAGAUUGCAAAACAUUCUACAGCGCAGCGAAACUAUGAAAAAGCAAUUAAAUUUUACAAAGAAGCUCUUGUUCACUGUGAAACUGAUAACAAGGCAAUGUUGGAACUUGCACGUUUAUAUCUUGCGCAAGAUGAUACUGAUGCCUGUCAACAUCAGUGUUCCUUACUACUGAAGAACGACCAAGAUAAUGAAGCAGCAACGAUGAUGAUGGCUGAUAUCAUGUUCAGGAAGCAAGAUUAUGAACAAGCUGUCUUUCAUUUCCAGCAGCUCCUAGAACGCAAGCCAGAUAACUAUGCAACCCUCUCGCGAUUAAUUGAUCUAUUAAGAAGAGCUGGGAAGCUAGAAGAAGUCCCAAGAUUUCUUUUAAUGGCUGAAAAACAUUCUUCCAGAACAAAGCUUGAACCAGGCUUUCACUACUGCAAAGGACUGUAUCUUUGGUAUACAGGUGAACCAAAUGAUGCGCUCCGGCAUUUUAAUAAAGCUCGAAAGGACAGUGACUGGGGACAGAAUGCAGUCUACAACAUGAUUGAAAUUUGUUUGAACCCAGAUAAUGAAACUGUGGGUGGUGAAGUCUUUGAAAAUCUGGAUGCUGACAUAGGUAAUUCAACAGAGAAGCAGGAGUCUGUGCAGUUGGCUGUAAGAACAGCAGAAAAUCUUCUGAAGGAACUCAAGCCUCAGACCAUUCAGGGUCACAUUCAACUGCGAAUCAUGGAAAAUUAUUGUCUCAUGGCAACCAAACAAAAAUCAAGUGUUGAACGAGCACUGAACACUUUCACUGAAAUAGUAGUGGCUGAGAAGGAUCAUAUACCAGCACUUUUGGGAAUGGCCACAGCCUACAUGAUCUUGAAACAGACUCCACGAGCCAGAAAUCAGUUAAAACGGAUUUCAAAAAUGAGCUGGAAUCCCAUUGAUGCAGAGGAGUUUGAAAAGAGUUGGCUUCUGCUUGCAGAUAUAUAUAUUCAAUCUGCAAAAUAUGAUAUGGCGGGUGAAUUAUUAAAACGAUGCCUUCGUCAUAACAGGUCAUGCUGCAAGGCUUACGAAUACAUGGGAUACAUAAUGGAAAAGGAACAAGCAUAUAAGGAUGCAGCAAUAAAUUACGAGAUGGCCUGGAAAUACGGAAACCAAAUAAAUCCAACAAUAGGAUACAAGCUGGCUUUCAAUUACCUGAAAGGAAAGAGAUACAUUGAUGCAAUUGAUGUCUGUCAUAAGAUCCUUGAAGCACAUCCAAACUAUCCCAAGAUCAGAAAGGAAAUACUUGAUAAGGCCCGUGCGUCGCUAAGAACAUGAAUUUUUUUUUUUUAUGGCUCAUGGACUUGUUUGUUUAAUCUGACUUUGGAAACUACGAAUGGAAUACUGGAGUGACAGAGACCAUAUCAGCACGAAAGUAUUGUGAAUAUGAUUAACUUAAUUAUACUAGAGAUCGGAUUAUUUUCAAGAAAAAUCUGCAGCCCUGAAAGAAAUUGUAUUUAUUCUCAUUCAGGAGAGAAUACUGCUUACAUGUGUGCUAUGUAAAGUGUCAUCCAGCAUCAUAAAAAAGUGUCAUCAGCAUUAUAAAAAUGUUUCAAAGCAUAUAACUCAGUAUUUUGUUUUGUCCAUUUGAAAUAGGAUAGGCUGUUUUUUUGAGUGCUAUCUAGUGCAGGUGCAUUGUUAAGAUGCUGGAUUUCAGUUCAUGUAAACCAUUUAUUCACAAUUACAGUGUAAUCUUUAUUACUACA